CUGAAAUUGUUCCAUUGAUUGAAGAUUUCAUUGAUAAGUUUCAAUUUUUCAAACAUUCCAAUUUCAAUAAUAAUAUAGUCGUGUGUAUCUACGUUUUCUGGUAUAAUUUCAAUGAAGAUAGUUUUGUAUUUGGAGCUAUAACGACAAAAUAAGCAGGAGAAAAUAAAGUUGGCGGUUAAAAAAGUGAGGUUGGAAUAUGACAAAUGGGAGAGGAGAUUGCAUUUGAUCUGAGUGACAAAAGACAAAAGAAUAAUAGAAAAAGUAAUAAUUAGUGAUUUUAAUAUUUAUUUUUGGCUUGAUUAAUAUAAAUAAAUCGCACAAAAUGAGCGGAGAAAUGAGUGAAAGUUGCUUGGAUCCAAGACACAGCCUCAGUGAUAAUUCAGAAUAUUGUCAUAAAAAACAAAUUCUCCAACCCAUGAGGAUAAAAGACAUGUUGGAUAUGUAUGAGAACGAGGAUGAUGAUUCUGACAAUAAUAAAAAUGACGAUUCAGAGGAAGAAAAUGAGUUGGACGAGUGUCAGGCAUUAGUUCCAAACGAUAAGCUGGAAAAAUUUGUCAAUGGACAAGAACUUACAUCAAAUACAUCGAGAAAAUUGUCCAACUUGCCUGCUGUGAUUUCUGAUUCAAAUUUCAAUUGGAAAAAUUAUACCAAUGAAAAAACCAACAGAAGGGCCUCAACAUCUAAAGAGCCGUUACAUUCAGAAAAUCACAAUCACGAGCAGACGAAAAUGACCAGAAGAUCUCAACCCAUCAAUGAAUUUACAUCUGAUUUCGGUAAAAUAAAAAUUGAAGGAUUGAGAGCCGGAAUUAUUUCGUGUCCCGAAAUAUCACAAGUCCAGGAAGAAUCAAAUGUGUCAUUUAUGAAAAUAGCACAAUCCAAUAAUAAUAAUAAAUCAGCAUCAUUGAAAUGUGAAAUGGCAGUUUCUAUGGCCUCAUCGUGUGGCAAUAUCAUCAAACAACACAAUAUAACUAGAAAUGAAGGUAAAGAUAUUCACACACAUUCAAUGACUGAUAAACAUAUUCACGGAGUUAUUUCUUAUAAAUCAGAUGCUGGCAUUUUCCCCAAUGGAUUUUCCCAACAAAUUAAUUCCACAAAUGUAGCUGACUCAGGAAUUACCAAUGCUCCAGGAACUCCAUUGAAAUUGCAUUCUACAGCUGGAAGUAUGAGACCAAUAUCAUCAACUUCACGUAGAAAUAUGUUUCAAACACCGCAGGGAAAAACAAGUGAUUUUUCAACGAAUCAUGAACAAACGCCAGCUUCUAUAUUUGCAACCUGGAAACAUGGCAAUACAAUGCACACCUCAUUGCAGAAUAAGAUUGAGCCUGACAUUGAGACACCUGGAAAAUCAGUAAUGCCAAAUAAUGAAAUACCUUGGAAAGUUAAAAAUUGUGAAAAACGAGUAAGACGACCACUGGAAGAAACAAUGGCAUCAGAACAACAACAACAACAACAAAAUCCUACUAAUUUUUCACAUAAUGAUAAUAAUCCAGUAAAACAAAAAACCUGCUUGGAAAGUAGAGUUCCAGCUGUAAAUUAUGAAUUGAAAGAAAAUAUGGGUACAGUCGGUCCUUUUGAAUUGCCAGUAAAAAUGAAGCCUGAUCAACAGCAGCAGCAGCAAUCUUCACGGGAUUUUCAUUUCAAUGAGAAGAAAAAUAAUUGCCCAGUUAUUAAACCAACUCUACCAUUGAAACAACUUGAUAAUCAGCCAUUUCAGCCUAUUUCUAUUGCUACUACACCGGCUGUUGGGACAACACAUUAUGGAAAAAAAAUGUCUAUCAAAGGAAAAGAGUACAUAAUUCUUGGAACUUUGGGCCAGGGAAUGAGUGGAGAGGUUUAUAGAGUUCAAGAUCUUUCCAAUUUUGAACUUAAAGCUGUCAAAUAUGUGAAUUUAGCGCGAAUGGAUCAUGACAGUGCGCAAAGCUGUUUGAACGAAAUAAAAAUGUUGAACAAACUUCAAGCACCGAGUGUAGUAACAAUGUAUGACCAUGAAGUGAAAAAUCAAUCAAUUUAUGUAGUUAUGGAAAUGGGUGAUACGGAUCUCAGUAGAUUUCUCAAAUCAGUAGCAACUGAAAACAGAAGACUUCCUCUAACAAUGAUUCUUUAUUAUUGGACAGAAAUGUUGACAGCAGUUAAACAUAUUCAUGAUAAUGGAGUCAUUCACUCAGACUUGAAACCAGCAAAUUUUUUACUCGUUCGAGGAAGACUUAAAUUAAUUGAUUUUGGUAUAUCUUCAACUUUAAAUGCAGAAAUGACAUCCAUUGUUAAAAGUACAACAGUUGGAACUUUGAAUUACAUAAGUCCUGAAGCACUUAUGGAUGUUGGAGGUGGCGGGGACUCUCCUCAUCAAAAUACUAAAUACAAAAUUAGUUACAAAUCGGAUGUUUGGUCUCUCGGAUGCAUAUUGUACAGUCUAGUGUAUGGGAAUACUCCAUUUCACAGUAUUCGUCCGCAAUGGGCUAAAAUCAACGCUAUAACUAAUCCAAACCCUAAAAUUUCAUUUUCUUUACCACCUCAUGUCGAAGCAGUUCCUGCCAUUCUAAUUGAUGUCAUCAAAAAGUGCCUUCAACACGAUCCCAAGGCGAGACCCUCGGUCGAUCAAUUGCUACAGAUUCAAUAUAUUUCUAUGGCUAAAAAUGCAUCUAUUACUCCACCGGAUAUUCCACCAAAUAUUCUCUUGAAAAUCAAGCAGAGUCUUGAAGAUUCCGAAUGGCGAAAACUUACUGAGAUAUUGGAACAGCGAAGAAAUCAUUGACCCUGUUUUUUUUUUUUAAUACCAUCCUGCCAGUGUAAAAAAGUACUCGAA